AUGUAUCGCACCAAUGGUCGUAUGGUCACAUAUGCAACACCUCAUAUGUUUAGCAUUUUGAUUGCGCUUCGACAACUUGAUGACUUUGAAGAGAUUAAGGACCGCAUCAGUGAUCAGCAUUCCGGCGGAAAGGAUGUCGCCGACUCGGGCGACCUGCUGGCCCUCCUGACCUUUAAUAUUGCGUACGACACCGGCGUCGUCCCUUGGGAGGGGCAUCGCGUAAACUUGUCCGGGUGCUACCUCGGCCUUGCCUUCACGGGGGCGCGGACGGCCGAGUUUGUUGACGGCGAGAAGAAGAGCCCCAAGGACAAGUGUUUAGAGGAGCUUUUCGGCCGAAAUGCCAUCGUAGGGUCCUCCGGCGACAAAGACAAAGACGCUGCUCUAGAUGAGAGUUCUAGCGUGCUUGAACAGAUACUUUCGCAAGAGAUAGUUGGCCGCGGACGGCCUAAGUGCCUCUGUUACGAAGAUAUUUUGCUGAUGGUCGUGCGCCACCCGGAAACCGGCGAAGACGUCCUGGCUAUGUUAAUCAAGUCCAUUCAUCAUAAGGGGGCAGACAACAAGCCCAAACCGUAGGUAAUCCCCGAUUCUCGUCAAUGAAUUUGGAUUUAAUGUUUUGCUAUCUGUGAAAGCGUGAUCCUACAAGUGAUAAGACAACAAGACUAGAAGCCACAAAUCAAAG